UGGAGACAAACUUCACUCCUUUUUUCGGAUUCAUCCCAGCACUUUCACUUUAGGAGAGACAAAAUGACCCAGAAGCACGACUUUUAACACAAAUUUACGGACGCCAUGUCACAGAUUUUAAGUCGUGUUUUUAUUUUUUAUUUUUCGACAUUUUGCUGCGUUUCCGCCUAGAAAAACGUACCGCUGCGGCAACACUUCCUGCAUGAGGGAAACAUCGCUGCCUUCAAACGCUUCAUGGGACGCUCAAGUUCUGCAAUAAAGUAGGAAACGAAAGCGUCUACAAAAGGUCGUCCUUCCUUUUUCUAGCGCCUAAUAAAGUCAUUCCUGCUCAGGGAUGACCGCCAGCACCCCCAGCUACCUGUGGUGCCUACAAGAUGUCCUGGGUCAGGGGGCCACAGCCUGUGUCUACAAGGCUCGAAACAAGAGGUCGGGCGAGUUGGUAGCUGUCAAGGUGUUCAACGUGGCAAGCUACAACCGAACUCACGAGGUCCAGAUGAGGGAGUUUGAAAUGCUCAGGAAGCUCAAGCACAGGAACAUCGUAAGGCUGUACGACGUGGAGGAGUUGCCCUCCAAGCAGAAGGUGCUGGUGAUGGAAUAUUGCUCUGGAAGAAGUCUGCUCUGCUUGCUUGAGGAGCCAGAAAAUGCCUUUGGCCUGCCUGAGACCGAGUUCCUCACUGUCCUGCAAUGUGUCGUGCAGGGAAUGAACCACCUGAGAGAGAACGGCGUGGUCCAUCGAGACAUUAAACCAGGCAACAUCAUGCGUCUGACCGGGGAGGACGGCAGGUCCGUCUAUAAGCUGACAGACUUUGGAGCGGCACGAGAUUUGGAGGAUGACGAGACGUUUUUGUCCAUAUAUGGUACUGAAGAAUAUCUGCACCCAGACAUGUAUGAGCGUGCGGUACUCCGUAAGCCUCACCAGAAGUCCUACGGAGUGAGCGUGGACCUGUGGAGCGUGGGUGUAACAUUUUACCACGCCGCCACUGGGAGUCUCCCUUUUGUGCCGUACGGAGGGCCCCGUAGGGACAAGCAAACCAUGUUCAAAAUCACCACAGAGAAACCUACAGGAGCCAUUAGCGGAAUACAGCGGGUGGAGAACGGACCGAUCGAGUGGAGUUCACAUCUACCUCAGAGCUGCCAACUGUCAGAGGGUCUGAGGAUGUUGACCGUUCCCGUACUCGCCGGUAUACUCGAGGCAGACCAGGAGAGAUGUUGGGGCUUUGACCAGUUCUUCACCGCCACAACAGACAUACUACAGCGACAGCCGGUGCACGUCUUUGCUCUCCAACAAGCUGUGGCGCACUGUGUCUAUGUGCACCAUUACAACACGGUGUCCGUCUUCUUCGAGGAGGUUGCGUCGCAGACUGGAAUUCAUGUCCCAUACCAGCAGCUCCUCUACUUGGGCUAUGAACUUCCACUAGAGGGCAGCAUGAAAGUGGUCAACCUCCCAAACACCACAUGCGAGCGACCGCUCAUACUGGUCAGUCACAGGCCAGAAACCAACAGCAGCCUGCCCUUUGGGGAACCUUUUUUUUUUGUAGCAGAGACUCCAACCAUCCCUCCCAAGUUUGACGUCAAGGCAGACUACAACUUCUCCAAGGUGGUAGUGGGGGUGGUCCACCAGUACCUGAGGAUAGCACAACUGCUGCACUCACACCGAGAGCUGCUGCUGGAAGGAUAUUACUGCUACAUGAUGAAGUUGCGCGCCGAGUGCGGCGAAGCAAUGCAUAAUAUCUCUAAGAUCAGCAUUAGACUGAGGUCCUGCCUCAGUGUACAACACAGGACAAUUGCACUAGGUCACCGCACCUUGGGAAACCUGGAUGCUGCAGAUAAGAAUGACAGAUUGCAGCAGGUCAACGAGCACCUGCCCAUGUAUGCCGCGGGCAUCCAGGAGUUUCAGAGCCGCCUUGAGCGCUUGCAGAUAGAACAGGCCAAGCUAGCAGAGGCCCAUGCCAGUGAGAAAAUGUGUCAAAGAAUGCAGGUGCUCCUCCAGAAGAUCACGUCCAUUCAUCAACUUUACCAUAAAGACAAACAUUUGGGCAGGUUGCCAUAUAACGACGAACAAAUCCAUAAGUUUGAGAAAAUCCACCUGUGCUUUCACAUCAAGCAAAUAAAAUCUCUCUUCAGAGAGGACUGUGUGCAAAGGUACAAGGAGCUGUUGGUCACCUCCGAGACAUGGAGCAGUAUUUUACUAGAAAUGCAGACCCAUCUGCAGGACUUCAGUUCCUUCUCCGCAGGCUUGUUGGCCGACCUGGAGAUAACUGAACAGCACCUCAACAAUACUCUGGACAAGGUCUUGGUCACUUUGCAGACGGGCAACACAGGACCGAAGCAGAAGGAGACAUCAGCCAUGAACAAGGAUCAAAUGGUGUCCAGGAUGCACCACCUUAAGGAAGAAAUGGAAAUUCUUGUCCGGGAACUGCAGUGUAACAACGCCAUUAUUGAGAGUCUAGGACCAGCGAACUCUGCACCCCCUGAAGAUCCGAUCGUGGGCCGGCCUCGUACACUCUGACUGGCAGCGGGUUUAUCUCCUCAUGGACAGAUGCUGGUUGGACUGCUGUGAUGCUACCAAGGAUCGCCUUAGGUAGACCGCAGAACAGGAACCAAUUAAGAGAUAAGAGGCACGGUUGGGACAAAAACGCCACUUUUGUGUGUGUGUGUGUGUGUGUGUGUGUGUGUGUGUGUGUGUGUGUGUGUGUGUGUGUGUGUGUGUGUGUGUGUGUGUGUGUGUGUGUGUGUGUGUGUGUGUGUGUGUGUGUGUGUGUGUGUGUGUGUGUGUGUGUGUGUGUGUGUGUGUGUGUGUGUGUGUGUGUGUGUGUGUACAUGUAAGCGUGUGUGUGAAGAAUGAGUAAUAUAUAGAUACCGGUAAUAGACUGAGGGACUGAUUUACUAAGAUCAAAAUACCUCCUGCUAAACAGCGUGUGCAAUCUAUAAAAUGGCACGUACUAUCAGUGGGCGUGUUGCGUGUGAUCUACUAAGAUUGCGUGUGCAGUUGUAAAGUGGUGCAGACUGCCUCCUUUAAAUUAGCAUUUUGCGUGUACUAUGCGGGGCAUCACCAUGGAGACACUAAUUUACUGCACAUUCAUGUUUUCACGCUCCUACUUGUGGCAUUUUGUUACGUUUUCAAACAAGCAGGAGACAUUACCACUUUUUAUGGGCAUUUUAGAAGCAGUUGUGCAGUGCACCUAUAUUGACACCACUUUUUUUCUUUUUUCUUUUUUCUUUUUUCUUUUUUUUUUCUUUUUUUACUGCUGUGCUCAAGACACAAACAAUGCAUACUUCAAGAUUGUUUUUAUUAUAUAGGAUAUAUGUUUAGUAAUAUAUAUCUUAAGUGGAAAAAAAACAAACGUAAUUAAAAACAUUAAAAUAGACCAAAACGCAUCAAUUAGUUAAUUGGUUUUACUCAGCCCCUUAUGUAAUCUUACUUACUUACUUAGUCCUCUUGCACUUCAGGGCGCGUAGAGCCGACCAUAGCAACUAGGUCUCUCCAUCUGGGUCUGUUGUGGGCAAGGUGUUGAGCUUGUGCCAUAGUCACAUUGCAGGCCUUAAGGUCCUGGGCUAAUACAUCCAGCCAGCGAGUCCUGGGGGCGCCUCUAGGGCGCCCCCAGGACUUGAUUUAAGUAAUCCAGCAGCUAUGAAAUUAUAAAAGGAUGUUGCUGAAUAGACAAUGUGUUUAACAUUUUUUGUUUCUCACCGUCCAAAAUGUUGACACACACGUACAAUGGAGGAUUUUCUGUCCUGUGGGUGUGUGUGUUUGUGUGUGUGCGUGCGUGUACACUUUUUAUGGGCAUUUUAGAAGCAAUUGUGCAGUGCAUCUAUAUUGACACCACUUUUUUUUUUUUUUUACCGCUGAAACUGCAUGGGAAGGAGGCUGCACUGAUGUACUCAAGUCACAAAAAUCGUUUUAUUAUAUAGGGUAUAUGUUUAGUAAUAUACAUCUUAAGUGAGAAAAACAAACGUCAUUAAAAAAUAUUAAAAUACC